CCUGAUCCUGGGUUGAGUGUGGAUCUGUGGCGUGUGUUGCCUGCUGCCCCUGGGUCUGCUCACGGCCUGUGGCUGAUGUUGACUGUGUGAUAGUGCCAGAUCAAUGCGCUGGCAUGGUGGAGGUGAUGGUGGUGGCGGCAACGGCGGCAGUGGCAGCAGUAGCAAGCAGCUGCUCGCCCUUCCCUCCGACUUUCGCCAUCCCAUUGUCGUUCCCCCCCCCCAUGCAGAACGCCAGCAUUUUAAACACCAAUGCCGCGGGACGCCUGCAAACCUAGAUCCGCUUCUUCAAACACAGAGCAAAUGUAAACAGCUUAAAAAAAAACUUUCUUUAAAAAAAAAAGCUUGCACGAUUGGUUGUUGUAUGAUGAUCGCUCAUAAUCGGACCUUUGAGUGGAGUUGAUGAAGAAACAGUGGGAUAUAUAUGAAAAAGAACCAUCGUUUCACGCAGCUUAACACUGUGUUGAACUCUGGAAGACGCUGGCUUGCAAUGAGUUAGUUAUCACAACCUUAUUUUUGUUGUUUUCAGUGGCUUUAUUUAUUUCCGACGUAAGAUCGUCGCUUCUCUGCCCUGUGCAAUUUUCCUCGUAUGUGUGUGUUUAUAUAUUGCUGGCUGUUGCACGCACACUCGCACACCUACAGAAGCAGAGGGGAGAAAAGUUGUCCUGGCUAAUUGUUUUGUGCCGAGGAUGGGGGAUUUCGUAGCCCCCGCGGCUGCGAACGGCAACAGCCCGGCGGCGAUGGCCGGUAACGGGGGCAGCGGUAUCCCCAAACACAGCACCGUGGUGCAGAGGCUCCGACAACGGAUCGAGGGCUUCAGGAAACACCACAACAACUGCGAGGUGAGGCGGCAGCAAGCCCAGGCUCAACAGAUUGAACUGGACCGCCAGGAGACCUUGACGCUCCACCAGAGGUGCCUGGAGCUGAAGGCGAAGAAGACGGGCAAGAGCAAGCAGGACGGCGCUUACAGGAACAAACUCUGCGAGUCUGACCCUCCGGCCGCGCUGGCCGCCCUGCCGGCGGUCACGGAUCAGAGGACCAGCACUCUGAUCGCGCUUCAAGAAACCGUGAAGAGAAAACUCGAAGGUGCCCGUUCGCCACUGAAUGGAGACCUGCAAAAUGGAGUUUCCGACAGCAGCUUCUCUCCAAACAGCAAGCGAGUCCGAAAAGAGGGAUCUGGGGUAGAGCAGGGCAACAGCCUAACCAACAAUGUCCCUGUUGUUUCGGUCUCUCCCCUGCAUCAAAUUGACCUGAAGCCAGCGGUUCCCAUAUCCACCAGUGGAAGUAAUUCAACAGGGUUUGACGAUGUAAAUAAAGAGGGCAGACAUCCAAGAGUGAGCUUACAGGCCAACGGCACCAGAGAGGAUGAUGACUUCAACCUAAUAUUAGCCAAGGACCUUAAACAAGAGCCAAUUGAUGAUCCAAGUUAUAUAGACUCUUCGGAUGCAUCCCUUCUCCAUCAAAAUAAACUGUUCUCGGACAUUAAUCUUAAUGAGCAAGAGUGGCAAGAGUUAAUCGAUGAACUAACAAACACAGUUCCCGAGGAUGACAUGCAUGAUCUAUUUAAUGAAGACUUUGAUGAAAAGAAGGAGAUGGAGGUUAUCAGGCCCAUGUCACAGACCCCAGUCCCAUCAGACAGCACAAACAUAAAAAGUGAGAUGUGCCAGUCUCCCUUUAAUCAUCUAUCCAUGGGGUCACCACAGGUUAGACCAUCUUCAUCAGGCCCUCCAUUUUCCAAUGUGUCGACGGUCUCCAGUGUAUCAUCUGUGUCAAGUAUUUCAUCACUCUCCGCACCUGCCACGUCACCAGUGACGUCGGCAAGCCAACCCUCGCAGCAAGCCCCCAGUCAAAGUCAAGCCCACACCAGGUCGGGAAACGGCUUCUUAAUGACCACGUCUUCUGGGUCGGGGUCGGGACAGGGGCCGGGGCUGGGGCCUGGAUCUGGACCUGGUCCCGGGUCAGGCUCUGGACUGGGAGCUCUGCCAUCGACCAGCUCCGAUCUCUCUCGGGCUGAACAGCUGAAGCAAAUGGCCGCCCAGCAACACCAACGGGCCAUACUGCUGCAGCAGAAGCAGCAGCAUGCACAGCCACACCAGCAGAACCAGGUGGGUGGUUGGUCACCUGCAGCUGCACCACACAGUCCCUUUGGAGGCACCUUUAUUCCAGACAAACCAAAUAGCCCAAUGAUGUACCCACAGGCCUUUAAUAAUCAAAAGCCUAUGGUGCCUACUAUGACAAGUAACCCUCAGAAGGCCAUGAAUAGCUACCUCUCACUAAACCACAUGAACACCAUGAAUCAACAGCCAAAUACCAUGGGGCAAACUUCUGGGAACAAACACCCUAUGCUUUCAUACGCUAACACUAAGCCACUCUCUCAUUAUAACAUUGAGCCCAUGGGCCAGAGGUUGACCCCGCCAAUGGGUAAUCAGAACAAAGCUCCCAUGAUGCCCUACCUACAGCCAUCACCGUCGCAAGUUCAACCUCAGGCCUCUCACAUCAGUGAGGAACAGAAGCGCAUGCUGUUGGCCAAGCAGAAAGGACUCCUUCCCCAGACAAUAGCUUAUGGAGCAUUGCCAAACCAUGGGCCGGAUCAGAAUCUGGUGGGAGUAUCUCGGCCAGUGGGAUCCAUCCAGCCCCCUGUUCCUGUUCCUGUUCCCGGUCCUGGGACCACGGUGCCCGGCUCCAUGGCUGGUAACCCCGGAGGUAGCGGUUACCUUGGCAACCAGCAGCAGGCAGUCAUGAUGAAACAGUUGUUGAUGGAGCAAGAGAGACAGAGAAUGCAUCAGAUUCACUUGAUGGAACAGCAAAAGCAGCAGCUAUUCAGGGAGCAGAGGCAGCAGCAGCAGUUUCUGGCAGAGCAGCAACAGCAGCUACAACAGCAGCAACAUGAGCAGAUGCAACGGCACCUCACCAGACCACAACCACAAUGCAAGGACCAGCAGAGGAACCCGUAUCCUGUUCAACAGGUCAACCAGUUCCAAGGGACAGCCCAGGAGCUGGCGACUGCAAGGAGUCAAGCUCUCCAGAAUGUGAGAAGUCCCAGAAUGAUGGCACAGAAUCCGGGCAUGAUGCCGAUGUCAUCGGUCCAGAAUACCAGUGCGAUACCAGUCACCACUGGGCAGUCAGAGAUUAGCAUUGUGCCCUACAAUAAUGCCCAGAGCAAUCAACAAGGAAUGUACAGUAUCAGUCCAGGCAUGAACCAAAUUCUUCAGCAUUCAAACCAAAGUAAUGCGACCAUGGCACGUAACGUGAGCCAGAUGCAGAAACAGCCUGUUGCAGGACAAGGGGUUGGAAUGGCACCUGGUUAUGGACAAAACUUACUUGGAAACCCUGUGUUGGCCCAACAGCAGCAAGUGAAAGGGCCAGUAGGGCAGCAGAUGUCCAAGGCUCAAGUUCAAAGACUACAACUAAUCGCAAGUUCUGGUUCUCCGGCUCAGAGUUGGCAGCAACACAGUUCACAGAGCCUGCCCAAUAGAACUCAGGCUAACAAUGAGCUCAAUCCAUUCAACAACAAAUCAGCUUAUCCAUUGCAACCUGGUCAACCCAAGAUGACCAAGCAACAUUUUUCCCAGGCAAUGGGUCAGCCAAUCCUAGAGUCUGCUGCUGCUGUUGGAGGACAAAUGAUGCCUCAUUUUGGAGGACAGCCAAGGACCAACCAGUCGAGACAAAUAGUUAUGUCUGGCAUGACCCAGACGGUCCACAGUAUGGCUGGUUUUAACCAGGCCACAGGCCAACAAUUGGCAGGAGGCUGCUAUGCACAAAGUAACCCAAGUCAAGUGUAUCAUACAAGAACCACAGGUCAGGACUUGUCCUUCAAUUAUGCCGGUCAAUCAGGGGCUGGUUCCUUCUCUAAUUUAUCAGACAGUGUCGCUCUGAUGGACUCUCUAAUCAAAAGUGGAUCAACGGAAGGCUGGAUUCAAGAGUUUGAUGAAAUAUUUGGCAGCCAGCAGUAGAUGAAUUUUUAAAUAUUAAAAGGCUGUUAAAUAAAGUGUUUAGGGACCAAGUAAAGUAGACCUAGUUUUGUAGUUGCACUGCUGUUGCAUUACGGUGCUGAUGUACAUGUAGAUGUGAUACAAACUGUAAUGGUUUCAUGUAAAUAGGUUUUUAUAUAAGUCCAAAUAUAAGGCUUACCAUUGGGUCUACUUCCUGUAAAGAAUGGCUCUUUGUUUAACAGAAUAUUGAAGUAUUUUUAUUUCAUUUUACAGUUUUCAAUUCAUCAACAAAACAAUGAUAUUGCACCAGACAAUAUCUAACUAAUUAUUUGUACUGUCAACUCUAAACAGAUGUGUUCAUUGGAUACAAUUUUUUUCUAGAUUUAAUUUUUACUCUGUACCUUAAGCAGUGCUUGGAACCUGAGCUCCGUUCUUUUUAAACCUGUACAGAAUCCUCUACUGUGUAAAAGUGUGAUGUUGAAUUUUUUUUUUUUUGAGUGGGGGUUGGUUGGGGGUGGCAAAUGUUAUGUCAAUGAAUCAUGAGAUCUUAUUAAAAAAGAAUUUUAAUGUGA